GGAGACUCCGCACCUCGGGAGUGACGUCCUGCUGCAGUGCCGCUGCCUGCCUGCGCUACCCGAGCUCGUCAAUGGAGCUGGAAAACAUCGUUGCCAACACCGUCUUGCUGAAAGCCAGGGAAGGGGGUGGAGGGAAACGCAAAGGCAAAAGCAAAAAGUGGAAGGAAAUCUUGAAAUUCCCUCAUAUUAGCCAGUGUGAAGAUCUCCGAAGAACAUUAGAGAGAGAUUACUGCAGCAUAUGUGAAAAGCAGCCGAUCGGAAGGCUUCUCUUUCGGCAGUUCUGUGAAACUCGACCCGAGCUUGAGUGCUGCAUUAGAUUCCUUAACUCGGUGGCAGAAUAUGAAAUUGCUCCAGAUGAAAAGCUGGGAGAGAAAGGAAAGGAAAUCAUGAUGAAAUACCUCACCCCAGAGUCUCCAACCUGCAUUCCAGAAGUCAGUCAAGAUCUUAUCCAACAGACAGAGGAGAAACUCAAAAACAGCCCCUGCAAAGAGCUAUUCUCUCCCUGUACAAAAUCUGUACUUGACCAUCUCAGUGGGGAACCAUUCCAAGAGUACCUAAACAGCAUGUACUUCGACAGGUUUCUCCAGUGGAAGUGGUUGGAAAGGCAACCAGUAACGAAAAACACAUUUCGGCAGUACAGGGUACUAGGGAAAGGCGGCUUUGGGGAGGUCUGCGCUUGCCAAGUCCGAGCAACAGGGAAGAUGUACGCCUGCAAGAGAUUAGAGAAGAAGAGAAUAAAAAAGAGGAAAGGCGAAUCCAUGGCACUAAAUGAAAAGCAGAUUUUAGAAAAAGUCAAUAGUCAGUUUGUAGUCAAUUUAGCCUAUGCCUAUGAAACGAAGGAUGCACUGUGUUUAGUUCUGACCAUAAUGAAUGGAGGUGACCUGAAGUUUCAUAUCUACAACAUGGGAAACCCAGGCUUUGAGGAGGAAAGAGCUUUGUUUUAUGCAGCAGAGAUUCUUUGUGGCUUAGAAGACCUACAUAGAGAAAAUACUGUGUACAGAGAUUUGAAGCCAGAAAAUAUCCUGCUAGAUGAUUAUGGCCAUAUUAGAAUAUCUGAUUUGGGUCUAGCUGUUAAAAUCCCCGACGGUGAAUCAAUCCGUGGAAGAGUAGGAACAGUAGGGUAUAUGGCUCCAGAAGUGUUGAACAACCAGAGAUACACACUGAGCCCUGACUACUGGGGGCUAGGCUGUCUUAUUUAUGAAAUGAUUGCUGGGCAAUCACCAUUUCGUGGAAGGAAGGAGAAAGUGAAGAGGGAAGAAGUCGAUAGAAGAGUGCUGGAGACAGAAGAGGUGUACUCCCAUAAGUUUUCUGAGGAGGCCAAGUCCAUCUGUAAAAUGCUCCUCACCAAAGACGUGAAGCAGCGGCUAGGAUGUCAAGGGGAAGGUGCAACAGAAGUGAAGAGGCACCCCUUUUUCAAGAGCAUGAAUUUCCCCAGAGCAGUAUACUGCAAGGAUGUGUUAGACAUCGAGCAAUUCUCCACAGUGAAAGGAGUUAACUUGGACCAAACAGACGAUGAUUUCUAUUCCAAGUUUUCCACGGGAUCAGUGUCUAUUCCAUGGCAAAAUGAGAUGAUAGAAACAGAGUGUUUCAAAGAACUGAAUGUAUUUGGACCAAAUGGUACUAUUUCACCAGACCUAAACAAAAGCUACCCCCCAGAGCCACCCAAGAAAGGAUUGCUACAGAGAAUAUUUAAACGACAGCAUCAGAACAAUUCAAAGAGUUCUCCAAAUUCAAAGGCCAGUUUAAAUCACCACCUAAAUUCAAAUCACCUGGGACAGUUUCUUACUCGGCACCUCUAGGACUCUAGCAGUGGAGACACAGGGACAGUGCAAAGUCCUCAGAUGACAAGAGCUGCAUUCAGUGAGUCCUGAAAUUUGGAGGACAUUCUGCUAGGGUUAGAUAUCCUGAAUCGUCAAGAUGGUAUGGAAGAAGGAUGCUUAUGUCCAUUUGAAGUUUCAAGCCUGGGAUGAAGCCAGCCUGAAGUUUCAAGCCUGGACCCCAGCCCCUUGGGAGCAGUGAGUGAGUAAGGGGAGAGACAGAAAAGAAGAUCAGUUGAGGGAGAUUUCAUGCUGCAUCCCUAAUGUGUUGCUAUCCUGUCUGACAGACUUUAAACAGUAUUACAAUGCUGGGGUGGCAGAAUUGUUGUACUUUUUCAAUAUCCAAGCCCUGAAAGAUUCAAUCAAUAUCAUACAUCACUAGUGAUAAUGACCAGUCCUAGGAAUCUUCUAGUCAGGGUUUGCCUACAACAAUAAAACCCACAGGAUUUUCUUUUUUAUUACUUCUUUUUUUCUUUCUUUCUUUCUUUUUUUUUUUUAUUAUUCAGCUCACCUUGCACUCAGGACUAGAGCAGGACCAUAGUCCUCUCACUUUCCACUGUGUGACCAGGUGCAAUAUGAGACCAGAACUCAGGGCUGAAGCCCUGCUGAGGCAAUCCCCUGCACAGCCAGGCUUCCACAGACACUUGGCAUCUGGCUCCAUGGAGCCAAAUUCAAGAAACAGUGGGAGCCAUGGUUGUUCAGGAACGCUAAAAAAAAAAAAAAGACUUAAUGGUUUCAUCAUACAAACUUGGAGAGCAUUUGCAGUGGGAUUUUUAGUAUUUUGGUUCAAAAUGAAUAGUUUUUGAGGUGGCUUUGCACAUAACAAAGGAGCAGAAAGGAGUAAUUACUUGAUAGCUUUCCAGACUGGUUAAUUUUCUAUAUCUCCUUUCCAAUUACAAUACAAAUUCUUUCCAAAAAAUGCAUAUCCUCAGAUCUGAUUGCUUGUUUUAAAUAGACAGAUGAGCAAUCCUAGCUUUUUUAAAGAAUCAGAAAUCUUUUGCAAUCUGAAUUUAUCCUGAAUUGUGCAACCAUAUUUUUUAAAUUUUUACUGAGUAGUAGUCUGAUGAACAUUAGUUUACAGGCUUUUAUGUUUCAGGUGUUUGGUAUUCAUUUUCCACAGUUUCUCAAGGCUCACUUAAAUCUUGCAGCAUUUUUUCCUGCUCUUUGGAUGGAUGAGAGGGUUUUUUAAAC